CUGCAUCUCCUUGAUCUCCCCUUGGUCAAACCGUGAUCUUCGCUCCUCUGCUAGGCAAUCAGAAUAGAGUAUCAACUGGCCCAUGUCAGAAGUAACACGGAAAAAUUGCCCUGAUAUCAGGGGCUGCUGGGCAACAGGCGACUCUUGGCCUGACGGUGUAUCUUUUUAAGAGGCUUGCUAGCAGCGGUCAACUUCUCAUAAAAAUGAUAAACCCCAACUUGCCAACCUGCCUUACUUAUUGAUCCUCACGAGCUUAUACUCUUGCACCAACGCGUCACGUAGUUUCACAGCACCGCUCUACCACCCACUGAUAAUGCCUUCGCUCAAGACGUUGUUCGCCUCAGCCGUUUUGGCGUACUUGGCCAGCGCGAAGACUAUUAAAAUCACAGCUACCAGCGACGACAAGUUCGACCCCGAAGAGGUUGAGGCUGAGAAGGGUGAUGUCCUUGAGUUCCAUUUCGAGCCCAAGAACCACAGCGUCGUUGCUGGCGAUUACCGAUACCCUUGCUCUCCUCUCGAUAUGGGCACUGGCUUCUUUUCCGGGUUCGUUCCCACUGACAGCGGAUCUGCCGACAAGAUUUUCAAGGUCACCGUCAAUGACACUGACCCUACGCCUUUCUACUCCUCCCAGGGCAGAGAAUGCGCCUCGGGUAUGGUUGGUAUCAUCAACGCCGACUCCAACAAGACUCUCUCCGACUAUAAGAAGCGCGCAUCGGAGCUAAGUUCUGGGGUCAACCCAGGCAAGAAGCCAUUUGGUGGCGAGUUGGUGGACGCUGGUGACGCCGACUCAGAUAGCGACAGCAGCUCCGCAAAGUCCAAGGAUGGUAACAACGACGAUAAUGCUGCUGGUGUUCUUGGUGCUCCUCUCACUGGUCUGGUCGCUAUCAUAGGUCUUGCAGUUAUUAUGGCCUAGGCGGAGUGUUGGUGAGAUGUUGGGACAUAUGCGACAUGAUAUUCAUGAAAUCGUCUGGGAACUGUGUUUAAAACAGCGGGAGCAAUUUGAAGUUAUUAUUUACUGGAAUACCUGUGAGCCUGAAUACCGACCGAAGCUUGUGUCCACCAGGCAACGAAUGGAUGAAUCGAUCACUAGUUCAUCAGAGUACUUAUUCGACUGAUGCACAACCUCGAGCCCC